UGAGGAUUUGGGAUGCGGCCCAGGUCUAAAGUCUUCAAGUCUUCCAAUUGCGCAAGACCUUUUAUUUAAACGCUUCCUAUGUUUGGGAAUCACGUUUCCACCCCUCACUCCAUUUAUAGCCCGAAUGCACUGGGCUAAUAUUGUUUAAUGCAACCUGCUUGUGUUUUCUUUUCGCCAUUUAUUUUCUUUGUAAAUAUCUGAGAAGUACUCGAGUGGGCGUGGCUCAAAGCCAAAGGGAAACUACGUUGUAAAAGCUAAACUUCCUGGUUGCCGAAAAUGCGGGCGUCUUAACAAAUGUCAAGACCAGGCUACAGUGGUUAGCUUUGAAUGUAGGACUUUGUGUCUGGACCACUUAAAGCUUGGCUGAUGACCAACCGUCACCAAAUAUCUGCGGUAUUACAGUCAGGACAUUAACAGAGAAAAAGUAAAAGAUUGAAGCCCAUUUCAGAUGAUUGGGUGAGAGCAUUCGUUAAACAUUACCAUGGGGAACAGCGGGUGCUGCCCAGCAUCAAACCCGUGUGACCACACAGUGGACGAAACGCAGGGACUACUGAACUCACCCGAUUCAAAGGUUUCAGCCAAGCCGCUGACGACUGAAGGCAUCAGCCAUGCAGUGGAGGUCGAGGAGAGUAAAAAGGAAGCAGGUUGCAUAAUGCAAGAACAAGAUGUAGUCAGCACGCAACCGACAGCAGCUCCCAAGUCGCCUGAGGGGCCUGUACAGAGUUCUUAUAAUUCUGUAAUCCAGAUACUCCACACUGAUGUCUCCCUUGUUGCACAAACUAGCCAAAGUGCCUCACCUGUGUCAGUAGUGUCAAAGGAACUAGUAGAUGCAUCUGCUACAGCCCCAGAAACAAAAAAUGAGGAUGAGACUACAGAAGAGACCCAGACCUCUGCUACUGAAGUCACUGAUGCAUUGCUAGUUAAAGCACCAACAGAGUUGGCUACAGCUAAUGUGAAAGAGGAAACAGAAGCUCACAUAUCUGAUUCACUGGAAAAAGAACACACAGCAUGCAAGCCUAAGUUGAUGGUACAGGAUGCGCUGGAAGAAGGUCCUGCUGAUGACGUUAUACAAGUGAACCCACAGGAGGAGGUUGAUGAAGAAGACACAAAGAAGAAGCUGUCUGAAGCUGAUAAAAAUGAGGAUUAUGUGGAGAAAGGAGCUUGCAAUGUAGAGAUGGGGAAGGAGGAGCUCAAAACACCAGUAGAAGUUUUACCUGCGAUGGAUACCCCUCAGCUCAUAGAGCCAGUUUUGAAUAACUCAGCAAUAGAUGAACUUGAAGUUAAAGGACUCGUAGCUGAAAUGGACAUGGCAGAGAACACUGUAGAUACCACGCUGCCAGAAAACGCCAAUGAAGAAACUCCAGUAAUUGUAUCAGAGCCCUCAUGUAAAGAAAAGGCAGGAUUAGACAUUGAAAAACCUGUUGCUGAUAAAGUGCAAAAAAACUACGAAGAUCAUGCUGUUUUCGGCAUGUCUGAAAUGAAGGAAAACGGUUUACCUGCGGAAACUCAGGAAACUUUAGCGCAGGAGUCUUCUCCAGCAAUGAACAUUAUUGAGGAAUCCACUGUGAAUUAUAUAGAAAAUGGCCAAGUGGAAGACUUGGCUGAUGUUCCUUUGAAGGAUGAGAACGCAGCUGAGCUGAAUGCAGAAGAACCUCAAUUGACUAAGUUCUUAGUGAAGCCACCUGAGGAACCUUCACAUAUUGAAAAUCAGGAGAUAGUGUCUGAACCCUCUGCCGACAGUAAGAGUGCCAGCAUUGCAGAAGUGCUGGAGAAGCCAGAGUCAGACACUGCAGAAAUCCAGAUGACAAUCCCCGAGUAUGAAAAGGAAGGAAACGUUGGAGAGGCUUUUCAGAAUGGUUUGCCCACGUACACUCCUGUAGAGAAGCCAGAAUCUAUAGAGAAGCCUGAUGAACAAGUCAAUGAAAAUGAACUCGAGAGCGAGUCCACUGCACCGAGCGAGGCAUUGUCAUUUGAUCGUGACCUUAUCUCUCAGCCAAGUGAGAAUGAUGAGAGAGCAGCAGGAGAAGAAAAAGAGGAUGCUGAAAGCAACCAGGCCCAAAAAGGAGAAAUUGUAUUCAGCAGUGGUCAUGACAUGAAAGUUGCACUAAUACCUGUGUGUGACUUAGAACACAUUGCAGAGAAAGAGCCGGAGCAUGAGGACAGCAUUGAAGACCUCUAUCAGGCAGACAAUGAGAUUGGACAAGAGCUGAAUAAAUCGAUGCCACUCCUGGAGUUUACAAUUCCUGGAGUGGAGGAGAAGUGCAGUUUAGCUGCCCCUGUUGACAUUUUGGCCUACAGUGAGAGAGAGUGGAAGGGAAACACGGCCAAGAGCAAUAUCAUCAGAAAGGGCUACUCUGAAAUAUCUUGUAGCUUUAAUGGGCUGAGGAGAGUAAGGGGAGAUAACUACUGCUCUCUGAGAGCUACACUCUAUCAGGUGUUGACCACUACAACACAAACACCAGCCUGGCUACAGGAGGAGGAUUUCACAUCGUUGCCGGAGAAAAUCGAGGCUCAGAAGCAAUUGGUGGGCAUGUGGGUGUUCCCUCCUCAGUGUGCCAAAGCAGAAGAGAAGGAAGAUCCUGUGGAGAAACUUAAACACUAUCUGGAGCUUCUGCAGAUAAGAUGGAAGGCAGCAGCAGAGUUAGAGAGCCCAGAGGACAAGCAGAGCAUGUGUGAUCAAGUAUUUCAAGGUGGAGAGGAAGAAUACGCUCUUCUGGAGGUGCUGAAGUUUCUCAUGCUGGUCAAGGCAGUGGAAUUUCAUAGCAAAAUGCAGGAGCAACAGGAAGUGCCUAUAUUCUGUUGGCUACUGUUCGCCCGUGACACUUCUGAAAACCCCAAAACGUUCUUCAGCAAUCAUCUGAGCCAAGUUGGCUUCAGUGGGGGCCUGGAACAGGUGGAGAUGUUUCUGCUCGGUUAUGCCUUACAGCACACCAUUCAAGCCUUCCGCCUCUACAAGGCUGACACGGAGGAAUUUGUGACGCACUACCCUGACGACCACAAACAAGACUGGCCAUGUGUGUGUGUCAUCACAGAGGAUGACCGCCAUUAUAAUGUCCCCGUUAGGAAGCCGACACAUUACAGAGCGUAACAUUGUUGCGCUCCGACAUCAGCUGAUGUCAGGAAGGAAAUUGAGAGUGAAACUAAGACAUCAUCAUGCUCUGCCUUCUCCUGAGUAAUUAUUAAUGAAAUGCCAGAAAUCCUGUUCAUAACCAGAGUUAAAGUGAAGGAUUUUAUUUAGUACAAAAGAAGAUUAUGUCUAAAAUCUGCUUGUGUUUGGCUGAAGUUGUUGGCAAUUUGGCUAAAGCUUACAACAUUAACAAAAGCACUCAGGUUUUUUGUGCAAUUUGUUGACGUUCUUGUUUUUGUAGUAGUUUUUAUUUUAUACAGUCGAAGAAGUCACGCAUGACAGUUACACAAAUAACAUACCUGUGUUUACUAUAAACUUUUAAAACUUU